UGGGACGAUGAUUCACUGUUUGCCAAUAUUAAUGUUGAAACUGUAGGCGUUAUUUUAUUGAAAAGCUGCAUUCGAUUUGUGGAGUUUGAUUUUAAAGCACGUUUUUAUUUCAAAUUGAAAAUGGCUCAAUUCAUUGGAAAAUGGAAAGGUGACGGUACCUCAUACAAAAAUUAUGAUACAUUCGCUAAGGAAUCAGGUCUUACUGAUGAACUGAUUGAAAAGUUUAGAAAUGCAAAGAAUACUGUCGAAUUCAAACGUGACGGGGAGUAUUGGGUUUUGGAUACAUGUAGCGAUGUUACACCAAACAAAUCUUAUAAAUUCAAGCCUUUAGAGGAGGUUGUUACAACUGGUCCAAUGGGAAAAGGUGUUAAGUUUACAGUAACCAUUGAUUCUGACAGUAAAAUGACAAUGAAAGAACAAAGUGAAUUGAUGGGAUGGAAAUCAAUUACAGUUGUAAGGGAAAUAAAGGGAGAUAAAAUGAUUGCAACAAUGCUUCUUGAGAGUGGAACUGAAAUGACAGCUGAGAUGACAAGAUGUUGACAGAACAUUAAUGUUUAUGAAUGUCUCUGAUCUUUGUGUAAUUAUAGACGUGACUAUUCAAGUGAUGGCUGUGUUCUUCAAUCCGGUUGAAUAUCAAUAUAGUCGCGUACAAUAUUGUAAUCUAUCCAUUUGAACAUUACGAAACACAGAAAUCAAUAAGAUAGCUAGUAAAUGAAUAAAAAAUGAACCUAAACAGUU